AUGGGUUUCGCCGCGAUUUGGAACUCCCAUCCCAAGAAGUACGGGCCUGGUUCCCGCACCUGCCGUGUGUGCGGAAACUCACAUGGGCUAAUCAGGAAGUAUGGUCUUAACUGCUGUAGACAGUGCUUCCGCAGCAACGCUAAGGAAAUUGGAUUCAUUAAGUACCGUUAAAGAAGAUCAAGUGUUGGUUAAGCAGAAGCAGUCAUUUGGGUUUUUAAGCGUUUGAGACUUUUGAUAUUUUAAGGAUCUUAUAAAUGUUUUUAUGAUUUCGACAAGGCAUUUGAGGUUUUCAACAUUUUAGCUUCCUUGUUUUAUCAAAAUAUUGGUUCUACUACAAUUUGAUUAUCAUAUAGAUUUGGAGUUUCUCUUUUUUUUUUUUUUUUUGGUGAGGUCACUAUUGCUCUGUUAUGGUACUCCCAUUAUGAAACCAUAGAACAUUUGGUAGACCUACACUAGCAACAACGAGAAUCACUACAUGGCGAAACAAGCUUUCAUUUUUGUUAAUCUAAAAAUUGGAUUCACUUCUAUACAACACAAGCGUAAGUCUAGUAUUGUACAAGUUCUUAUAAGAUUAAGUUCUUCAAU